AUUAUAAAAUCAAAUUUAUUUGAAAAUACGCAAAAAUAAAUUAAUCAAGAAAAUGGCAAAGUUCAUGUGCUUCGUUAUCCUCUCGUUGGCUUUGUUCGCCAGUGUGGCCGUGGCGCGUCCAGGAUAUGCUGUGGAUUAUUAUGAUCAUCCCAAAUAUGCCUUUAACUAUGGCGUAGCCGAUCACACGACCGGCGAUGUCAAAUCACAGCAUGAAACUCGUGAUGGCGAUGUUGUCAAGGGUCAAUACUCUCUGGUCGAGCCCGAUGGCUCCAUUCGCACUGUUGACUACACUGCUGAUUCCAUUCAUGGCUUCAACGCUGUUGUCACCAAAUCUGGACCCACUGUGCACGCCCAGUCGCUGGUCACGAAGCCCAUCAUUGCACACAAGCCAAUUUUGACCCACUACGAACCACAUGUAGCUCCUGUGGCCGCGCCUGUUGUCGUUGCCUCGCCAGCGCCCUAUGUCGCCAAACACUAUGCGCCCGCUGCCGCGCCCAUUCACUAUGACUACGAUGAUGGCUACUACAACCAGGCACAAUACGAGUACGUGCCCCAAUAUGAUGCUGGACACUAUGGACACUACUCGAGUCCCUAUGCGACACACUAUUAAGUACCUUAAACUAGCAACGAGAAACAUAUGCGAUUUAGUGCUCUAAGCGGAAUUUAGUUUGUAUAUUUUUGAAAAAAAAAAACAUGGGAAAUCGAAACCUACUUAGUUUGGAUAUACGAGUGCAUAAGUCGACCCGGUUACAGUUGUGCGUUUGCAAAACUCUCGUUUUGAAAUACAUACACUCUCUCAACCCUACUCCACACACACACACACACACACACGCAUACACUGACACUGAAGCUGAGUAAGAUAAUAAUGAUAUAUGGAUGCUAAUUUAAGUUGUGAAUUUCUUCUGUAAAAUAAAGUUUCAACAACCUAA